AUGGUGGAAUUAGCUAGACGCCAAGACGAGGCCGCUCUCACCACUGUGGAUGGCACGGUCUACUCGAUCGCUUACGUUACAGCAACACCGACAUUUACCGGUGUUAUUGGAGGCUAUACUACUCUCACUGGCGAUGACUCCUCUGUGACCCAAGCACCCACCGAUGCGAGCACCGCGCCUCCAGAAUCCACGACCAAUCCACCCACUGCAGCUGCUACCGAUUCCACGACACCCCUAGUCGUCUCCUCCACGGAAAGUGCCUUCACUUCUGCCCAACUUACCGCGCCCGCCAUCGUAUCGUCUGCUACUUCUGCUGGCACUAUUGGAAGCACCAGCACAGGCUUUGUGGCGGCUGCGUCGGCUCCGGCCAGUUCUUCGGCAGACUCCUCAAGCUCGUCGAGCAGUGGGCUCUCAACGGGUGCAAAGGCUGGUCUUGCCAUUGGUAUCAUUGCGGUCGUCGGACUAUUUGCUGUCUUCCUCUUAUGGUUACUCGGAAAGAAGAGGCGCCAGAUUGAGGCCCAGAACGGAACAGACAACGAGAAGAUCAAUCCUGCUCCAGGUGUUAACAGCACUGAAAUGGCCACAAGAAGCCCGCCUGUCAGUGCAACCGCCCCACGGAUAAGUCUACGACCUGUAUCUCGGAUGUUGCCAGAGUUCGUGGGAGCGUCUUCUAAGAGCAGGCUCAGCGCAGGCAACACGCUCACCACAGUUGGAGAAUCGGAUUCUGCUGUGACUCGCAAGACACCAUCGCCACAACCUCGAGGUCCGAGUCCAGGUCCAGCUCGGGGACUUGGUCUAGCCGCAGCUACCCAAAGCUCUCAGGAUAACAACCCGAACAAUCCUUUUGCCGAUCCUCAGAAUCCGUUUGCUGAUCCGGAGAAACUGCCAAUCCAAGCGCCAGCGGCUCUCGCACUAGCACCUUCUGCCGCUAAAUCACCUGCUGUCGUUCCUGUUGCUGCUGCUGCUGCUCCCAUUGCUUCUGCUGCGAUUGGCGGCGGCGUCGCCGCCCUUAGCGCUCCCGCUGCUGCCACACAACCGAAGCCUGUUCCAGCUUCAGUUGCGGCUCCUGUCAAGAAGAAGCCGGUGGCAGUCCCAGCACCUGUCUCCCCCCCUGUUCCGGCUCCUCAGCUCUCACCACAAGUCACCUCAUCUCCAGCCUCUUCUGCGCCUGUCUCGCCAGCUUCUAUCGUCGCAGCUGCCCAAGGUUCUAAUUCUCCUCGUGCGGAAGCUCCUCAAGGCAGCGUCUACCGCGUGCUUAUGGAUUUUGCACCUUCCAUGGAUGACGAAUUGGCGCUGAAGAGUGGUCAACUCGUCCGGAUGCUUCAUGAAUACGAUGAUGGUUGGGCACUGUGCAUCCGACUUGACCGAUCUCAGCAAGGUGUCGUUCCUAGAACGUGCCUUGCCGCCAAACCCUCGAAGCCCAAGCCAUCUCAUCUCAACCAAUACGCGCGACCUACGCCGGGCGGUCCCGUGUCUCGUCCCAUGUCACCAGCUGGCGGCCCGCAACGCCCAAUGAGUCCUGCAGGACGAUCCAUGAGCCCGAUGGGCAGACCGAUGAGCCCUGCUGGAAGGCCCAUGAGUCCCGCGGGACGGCCCAUGAGCCCGGCUGGGAUGCGACGUCCUGUGAACCCAGAUUUCAAUCAAGCACCGAGAGCAAUGUCCCCUGGACCGAGAGGUGGACCGAGACCUGGACCACCUGGAAGAAGCAUGUCGCCAGGCCCGUACGGCGGUCGAAAUGGCCCGCCCCCAAUGGCUGAUGUCAGUCGACGAAGGAGCAACUCGGCCAGCACUGUGAGGGAGAAACGAAAUUCUCCUGUUGGACCUUCCAAGCUCGGACCUGGCAUGGCGAUUUGA